AUGGAUGGAUCCCAUCCUGGAGGACCACAACUAUUGCAGUCUAACUAUACAGAUCAGCAGUGCCAUGGAGAUGACCCAGAUGGACACUUUAUCACCAUCCUCGACCUUUGUUAUUCCAGAGGGGAAGAUCCACACGAUGUGGAGGACAUCUGGAGAGCUAUUUCAGACCUGGUGAAGGUCAUGGAAUACAACAGCAGUCUCAAUAGAUUUACUGGUUACACGCCCAUUGGGAUACAUACUGCUGAGCAAUUAAACGCCGAUCCCGUGGUCCUGGCAUCGUUUCAAACUCCACUUCAUUUCUUCUGUAAACAUUAUGGUGCCGUCGCCUACGAGGCUGGAUUAAACAACAAUGUUGAGCCCUCCGUUCAUCUGUCCAUGACGCCCCACGGUGACAGACACCCCUCCAUGUUGACGUGCAGCGCCUACAAGUUCUACCCCAAACAGAUCAGGGUGACCUGGUUGAGGAAUGGACAGGAAGUGCCCUCAAACAUGACUUCCUCUGAGGAGCUAGCCAAUGGCGACUGGCACUAUCAGAUCCACUCCUACCUGGAGUACACUCCCACGCCUGGAGAGAAGAUCUCCUGCAUGGUGGAGCACACCAGCUUCACUGAACCAAAGAUCCUCCACUGGGACAUGUCUCUGCCAGAGUCUGAGAGGAGUAAGAUAGCCAUCGGGGCGUCUGGGCUGGUGCUGGGGGUGGUCUUUGCAGUAGCUGGUCUCCUCUACUACAACAGGAGGAAGACCACUGGUGGUGAUGGUGAGUAUAAGAUGUUUUAUUGUCAAAUACACCGGAUACACGGUUUGAUGAUGGUGUCUAUCUUAGAAAUGUGUAAGGAGUGCCUGCUGCUUUUCUAA